GUACCAGUAAUCCGCGCAUGCGUUUUAUUCUUUAAAAAACCAUCAGCCAUAUUGGUGUGUUGUAUUGCUGUCCUCAGUAAUUUCGAAGAUCAGUGAGCAAAUAGCCUGUCAUGACGGAUUCCAUGAAAUUUGGUCCAGAAUGGUUGCGCAAUCUGUCUGGAGACAGUUGCAAUAAUAGUGGAGGCGGUGGAGGUACUACAAGUUUAACUACUCCGCGUUAUCAUUUAGCGAAACAUAGAUACGGACGAGAAGAAAUGUUGAUUCUGUUUGACCGUAAUUGCAAGCCCCCCGAGCCAUUGACAAAUUUCUCUACAUUAUAUGUUGAGAAAACCCAGCUUCCCUUGGCUCUUGUACAGAUGACAGAAGACGAAACGCGAAUGUGGAAUGUAGGGAUAACUAAUGUUGGUGCUCGUGGAAGAGGCGGAAGUGUCGAUCGCGGGGGGCGUGGGAGGAAUGGAAGAGGUAGCUUGUAUUCUUCUCAUUAUUCGCGUGGAGUAGGUUUUGACGAUUCAGGAGAUGGAACUCGAAUCGACAGUCAAGCGUUUCAAGGAAGAAACCGCCAAUUCGAUAGAUCUCAAAGCGAGCGUGGGUGGUCGGAAAGAAAUGGAGCUUCAGAUCCAGGCGAGUGGAACGGUUCGACUAGUCCUAGAAAAGAAUUAAGUCGCGGGGCUAGUGGCAGUUCCCUCAUGGAAGGGAAUUGGCGGCGCCACCGCGGUGGUACAGAAGAUGAUGACGGCUGGCGAAAAUGGGGUAGAAGCAGCUGGCGCGAAGGUGGGAGUAUGGAUAGAGAUAGAUUAGAUAGAAACGAAGGAGACGGGGAGGAAGGUCGGAGCGGUAGUGGGAGAUGGGAACAUCGUGGAAAUCACAGAGUCCCUCACGAUUCGAGUCACCACCCACCUCAACGUGUCGCGCGUACCUGGGAGUCGAAUCAUCAUGACAAUAAUCAUAACAACCUUCCUGAAUGGGCCACCGAGAAUCCUAGUGAAAGCGGAGGCAGUUUUGAUGCUUCUGGUGCAUUCCAUGGUGGAAUGUAUUCGGACGACGACGAAGACGGGGUAAUUAGUGCAGGUGGUACUCAGGAAUCGAGAACUCAACGUGUUUCCGAAGGAAAUGCCGCCAAUACAACGAAAUCUGGUGGAGGCAAGCCUUUGUCUUACAGUUCUACUCAGGGUCAGACAGCGAGUCGGAUUCCUAGCAAUACAGCUAACACAAUCAACAAGAAAAGACCUAAAUCGUUUAAUCCGUUUAGCGAUAAAGAGGAAACCGUUGAGAAGGAGAGGAGAAGCAAUUCUCCGUCGAAAUCGUCUACAACGGCGGAUAGCACGCCUAUUAACGUGUCAGCGUCGACGUCGUCUGAGAAUUCGCAGAAGAGAAACACAGUAGCAAUAAAUACAGAACAAAGUGAGAUCGAAAAAUUACCACCGAUUGAUACCGGGAAUAAUAAGUCUCCCAGUAAAGCACAGGUCAGGGAGGAGGUCGAAACAGAGGUGGUGAAAAUAGAUCCGAUCGCUCCUACGGUGAAAAGGCAAGUCCCAUUGCAAACAGAGCCUCAGAAGAGCAUCGUGCACUGCCCGGGGCUAGAGAACACGAGGCAGAAGAGUGAUGAUGAUUUGGAUAGAAUGAAGGAGGAGGCAAACGCGUUAGUAGCUAAAUUGAUGGCAGAUGAAGAGAGUCACAGAGAGAAAACUGCCAGUAUACCGCCUGCCAUUGGUAACCAAUCUUCCACAGUUCCACCCACGAAUGGACAGGAGAAAUGGUUUUACCGUGAUCCGCAGGGUGAAGUUCAGGGUCCGUUCUUAGCAAGCGAAAUGGCAGAAUGGUGUAAAGCCGGUUACUUCACCGCGGGUUUGAUGGUAAGGAGAACCUGUGACGAUCGGUACACCACGUUAGGGGAGUUGAUGAAAAUCUGCGGUAGAAUACCGUUUACGCCUGGGCUUUCUAUUCCUCCUUUAAAGGUAUUUUUCUAUCAUUUCUUUGUGUUUUGUUUAAGGAGAGCUUUCUAUUUUUUUCAUCUUACAAGAGUAUCUUCUUUUUUUCAGUUAACGGAUCAAGUAAUUCCCUCUGUUUCUAACUCUGUACCUGCUGGCAUAUCCGCGUUACCAAAAGCUGGUAUAGAAGACCCUCUUCUUCUGCUACAAUAUCAGCAAGUACGGUUACUGCAGAACCAACAAUUACUUCUUAGGCAAAUGCGGACAUCAGCUAUAGCGAAGCUUUCUCAAUCCGAGCACUGGGCGACGUUGAGUCCUGUUGAACAGAAUCAGUUGAUUUUUCAAUAUGUUCUUCAAGACUCGGAAAUCCCAGAGGUGCCAAUCUCUACAAAUCCAUUCGUAUCUCACCUUUCGUCUCAGGCUUCGAAUCCUGUCAUGCAGCUUUUCACCCAAAUGCAACAGGCUAAAACGCAACCAGAGACUCAUUUAGCGUCGAAUCCACAUUCUACCACACCUGCACACCCUCCUGCCAUUGAUCCUAUACAGCAACUUAUACAGCAGAUGGGUGGUGUGCAGAACAUACCUGGAAUUCAACAGCCUAGUAUAAAUUCCACACCACCCACGACACAAGAAGACAAUCCCAUAAAAUCCUUGUUACGGCAACUCAGUGUCAAUGCCAAUGGCCACCCACAAACGCCCCAUAUGGAUACUGUUUGGCCGCAGCCACCGCCACAAAUAAAUCCACAAUUUAAUGCACAGAAUUGGUUGGCACAGGUUGGACCAAUACCCGCAGUACCUCCUGGCCAGUUGCCAUCCUCGUUGUGGGAUCUACACACUAAGGAAAUUAAGACUGAACAGCAGAUAUUGGAGGAACAAAAUCUUAGGCUACAGGAAGACAGAAAGAAGGAGGAGUUGAGGAAGCAAGAGGAGUUACAGCGACAAGCCGAGGAAGAGAAGGAAAAGCGGAAAAAGGAAGAACAAGCCAGACAAGUCGAAGAAGCGAGACGGAAAGAUGAGGAGCGGAAGAAGAAGGAAGAGGAGAAGAAACGAAAAGACGAGGAGAAGCGCAAGCAAGAGGAAGAACGAAAGAAGAAGGAGGAGAAGAAACGCAAGGAGGAGGAGAAGAAACGAGAGGAGAGGCGGAAACAAGAAGAAGAGAACUUGCGGAAGAAGUUGGAAGAAGAGAAGCGUAAGAAAGAAGAACUUAAAAAGCAGGAAGAGAAACAGAAGAAGGAGGAAGAGAAGCGGAAAAAAUUGGAAGAAGAACAACGAAAACAGGAGGAAGAACGAAUUCGAAAAGAAGCGGAAGCGCGCAAACAAGCUGAAGCGGAAGAGCAAGCCCGCCGAGCGGAACAAAGGCGACGAGAGGCGGAAGCGCUUCGUAAAUUACAAGAAAGUACUAAAGCACCUUGGGCGCAAGCACCUCGUGCGUCAGCUCCUGCUACUCCUGCUACCUCCUUCGCAGAUAUCCAGAGACUUGAACGAGAGCAAAAAGCUGUGCUACUACGGUUUGAACAACAUAUGCAGCAGCAGAUCGCGGACCAGAAAGCUAUGGUAGCAGCCCGGAAAGCGACGGAGGCUGAUUCUUCCAAGCGAUUGCAAUUCAAGUGGGCAGAGAAGGCCACCGCCUCCAGCAAGCCAUUACAAGUGAAGAAUCUCGCGCAAAUUCAACAGGAAGAACAGGAGCGCAUCGCCAAGGUAAAGCAGCAAGAGAGAGAACGACAGGAAAGGGCGGGCCAGAAAGAGUCGGCGAGCCUGUUGCAAAGCGCUGGGAUUUGGGGCACUGCGUCCCAGUGCUUGAACUGGGCCAAUUCGAGCACGUCCAGCGGUGGUCAAGCUUGGUCCACUAACAGCGGUACCAGUGGUUUUUGGGAUGAACCCACACCAAUAAAGUCUUCUACAACUACGAAGCAACCAACUAAGCUGGCCGCAACUGCUAAAGCGCCUGCUGUCAAUCAGCAGCAACAGCAGAGCAACAAGGCGAACAAGAGCAAAAACAAGAGGGAGGAAGAGCUUGUGAAGAAAUUAUUCGAACAGAACACUGCCAAGAUUGACGAUUUCACGCAAUGGUGUAACAAAGCUCUGAGCGGUUUACAGGUAUCCGUAGAUAUUCCUACGUUCGUUGGAUUCUUGCGAGACAUUGAGUCAGCGUACGAGGUGAAGGAGUAUGUAAGAGACUACCUCGGUGAUAACAAACAGAGUUCAGAAUUCGCUAAGCAGUUUUUAGAGAAACGUAGCAAAUGGCGGUCAGCCCAACGACCUCAGGCUCAGGCUGACGAUCUUUGCAAGCCGGCACCGGCCGUUAAUCCUAAUGCGCCCACGGAAUUUCAGGAAGUGAAGGGGAAGUCGAAGAAGCCAAAGAAAGGAAAAAUGUACAAAGUUGAUAAUAGGAUCCUUGGCUUCAGCGUGACCGCGGCGCCCGAUCGUAUCAACGUGGGUGAUCGUGAUUACGGUGAAGGUGUUUGAAUUAAUCCUGGAACGGUUUUGAUUGACAUCGUGGAAAUCAUGCUACGCUUGGCCUGACAAAUACGGUUCGUUAUUUAUUUAUUGUAGAUGCCAAAUCACAGUUCUAAGAAACCCUGUGCGAGUACCUCGGUAAUACAUUUACAAACAUAUAUAUAUAUACAUAUAUUAUAUAUAUAUAUAUAUAUAUAUAUAUUUACACAUCAUAAAAUUUUUGUAUGAUUAUGCAUGGGCAAGGAUAAUUCUUGGUCUCUCAAUCGUAUUUUUUACUCGUGCAUUAAUGGGCGCCUUAGGACGACAAUUUUCGCAGCGUGGCAUUAUUUCCAUCUUAAAACAAUACUGAAAGACACUUUGAGAAGGGAAACUCUGUUGUACAUAACUCAAAUGAAAAGGAUUAAUACUUCACGAACGUAAGGCGACACACUCAUCUCCUACUUACCCUACACACACACACAUACAUACGCAACACACAUUAUUUGAACAUUUUGUAAUAUUUCAUCAUUAUUCGCCGUGAACAAAGAUACUAUGCCGAUUGACAACUCGUACACGCGGAAACAUAACAGUGAAAGCAGUAUGUGUGUUCGUGAUUGAUAAUUAGAACGGUAUUACAGCGAGGAAAUUAAAAAUUUGUUAGAUAUGCGUGCACCUGAUCGAUGGAGGAUUGAUCGAGCUCAGUGUUUAUGCUGGUGUGUAUCGGUGAUUUAACUAUACGCACCGAGUAUAUUGUAUGUAUAUAUGAAUCCUAUGGAUUUUUUUCUUUACCGCGACAUCACGUUAACAGGACCUUUAUCAUGGGUAAUAUUGCGCUACUGUGUUUUUGGAGAACAAUACUUUACGUUUGGUACGUUGAAAGUUUCUUUUCGACCAAUUUACCAACCGUUUUUUAAGAGCAAUUGAAAUAUUUUGAACGAAUAUAAGAGACGAUUGUAUUAUAUCACAUAACCUAAAACAAAGUAAAAAAAAAACCGAAUACUUAUUAAAGAGAACCGUAACGUCUCAGUGGUAAUUACGUUGCGGGGAAAACGAGAACCUUCUUGUACUUUCUUAACACUUUGAGAACACUGACUUGAAAGAAAAUGAAAAAAAAAUGAAAAAAAAAAAUAGUACUUGCAUGUCGAACGAUUUAUAAAGAGAACUAUCGUUCAUUCUUCUGUUUUGCUUCAGAUUGAAAGAAAAGAAUAUGAAAGUAAGCUCGUGUAAUAUUUAGAAACCGUUGACUUUGAGAGACUUACAUAGCGUAUAAGAGAAGUUCCGGAUCGAUCACUGCGUGUGCCUACGUGUGGAUCUCACUCUCGUCGGCAUAUACUUCUUAUAAUAAUAACCGAGGUCAAUCGAAACUGAUAACCACUGAACGAAGAAUUCAUGUAAGAUUUCAUUAACGCAAUAUUUAGACAGCAGUAUCUUUUGUAAAGUUUUAAUUGUAAAUGUACAUGUUACAUAAGAGUCCUCUGUCGGAUAUAAGAAGCAUGUGGUGAAAAUUUGUCGACACGUUUGGAAACAUGUGAUUUCUUUUUUCCAUGGUUUUUUUUUUUAAUUGGAUUUGAGGAAAAGCAAAAACGAAAAAAAAUAUGGCACGAAUAUUCUUCAUAAGCGCGGGAAAUGUUACGACGAAUCUAACCGUUCUUAAUAAUUAUAAUGGUUGUUAAUAAGGUUCGAUGAUCUUCUCCUUAGAGAAAAGAAAUUAAAAUCUUUAGGAAAAGAUCAUAGAUUCUUACGUGAAAGAUUUAUGUAUAAAUAGAUAAAUGUACAGUAAUACAAGGAUAAUUAACUAGGCAAAUCCAGAUAAUUGAUAUUGUAUUAAUAUUAUUAUUAUUAUUAUUGUAUCUAACGUACAACAUAAUAAAAAUAAAUAUUAUUAUAUUUUCAA